AUGAGUCAGCGAUGCAGCUCGCACAAGGGCGGCAGACCCGAGGGCAGUGAGUGCGGUGGCGGCGACGGCUGGUGGCCCGUGAGGGCGGCGGCAGCGGGCGCGACAGAGCUGGUGGCGGGUGCGCGCGCGCUCUUCGACCGGUGGACAGAGUGGGAGCCGGAGGACCACGCCUGGACGUCCUUCGUCCGCCUCGAGCUGCGCGCCAAUCAGCCCGACCGCGCGCGCGCCGUCUUCCAGCGGCGCGCCGCGUACGUGGCGUGCCACAACCUGCCGCGCGCCUGGGUCAAGUGGGCCAAGUUUGAGGAGAAGCAGGGGCAGACCGCCAACUCGCGCGCUGUCUUUGAGGCCGCAAUGCAGGAGAUGGACGAGCGCGAUCACGGCGAGGCCUUCUUCCUCGCCUUUGCGCAGUUCGAGGAGCGAGCAAAGGAGGCGGAGCGCGCGCGCGCCAUCUACAAUUGCGUUGCCUUCUUCUUUUUCCUAUAUCCUACCCAAAAACUUAUAUCCUCCACAUAUUCCCACCCCUUCUCGGCGUGGCGGGACAUGCUCGCGCGCGGCGGCUCGGAGGCGGCGCUCGCUUCAGUGGAGGCGAAGAUGCCGAAGCGGGUCAAGAAGCGGCGGCCAGUGCUGGGGGAAGAGGGCGAGGCGGCGGGGUGGGAGGAGUACUACGACUACAUCUUUGCAGAGGAGGAGGCGGCGGCGCCCUCGCUCAAGAUCCUCGACAUGGCGCGAAAGUGGAAGAAGCAAAAGGUCGAGGGCGACAGCUAG